CAAGGCCAGCAUUGGUCAAUAUGGCGUUCGUGCAAUGGCGCUGCGCAAUUUGAGCGCUUGCAGAAGCAAGCAUAUUCUUAUGCCAGGCUGAUGCUUAAAUAUUGAAAUGGUAUUGGCAUCUAAUACUUGCGCGGGCCCAGUCUGCUCUCAUCGAUUGCAGCUUUGAAGGCGUUUCUAUCUGCAGAGUCCUCUUGCUCUUCUCAGAAGCUCAUAAGCUAGAAGUGCAAGCGGAACAGAUCCACACAAAAGCAGCAAGCCAAAGCCAAUGGGGCGCUUCUUAUGUGACCUGUGGCGGGUCGUUGCGCAAAUGCGUGGCCCAGUCCCCAGGCUGAGGAACAAUGCUGAGAAGUGGCGACCUCCGUCUGUGCUUACUCUGCCAAGCCAAAAUGCGUUCUUCUGCACUGCACAAGUGGGGGGUCGGCCAGAGAGAACUACACCACUUUUGGGAGAAGCGCUCGAAGUAGAGAUGGUUGAAAAUCAAGUGCCAAUUGCAAGUGUUGCAUACUCAUGUGGUGGGGCCCCACUCUUUGUGUUGACCCAUAGGACGCACCGUCUUGGGGGCCACCUUACAAAUGACACACAGCUUCUCUUCAAGGCCUCGUUUGCGACCUCUGCGAACGUCCGGUCCCGCCCCCGCCGGCCAAUGAAACCUCUGGAGGAACUCCUCAACCCUCCUGAACGUGGGACCCAGCCCGAGCAGAAUCAACAGAGAGAUGCGCAGCCUGACAGACCAGCAGCGACCAUUGGGGCCAGAGCACCUGAAGCUGCCCUCCCUUCUGCUGCAAGAGAGACCAUCGCACAGAAACCUUCACACAGGCGGUUUGGGGUGGUGUCACCACAGGAGCUGCCUUCUGGCAGUUCAUGGGUCGGCAGGAAUGGCGGGCCUGAUCGGAGGACUGGGAGAAACGGCCAGGGCUCAGUGAAUCAGCAGGAGAGUCUGAACGGGGGAAGAGCGGCGAGAGCCACAAGGAUGGAGGAUCUCAGGGAUGAUCGAAACCCGGCUGUAGCGAAGAAACGGAUGGGAAUGGCGGAUUCCUUGCAGCGGCGUUCGGAGCCUGGUCCAAACCGCGUUUCUUUCGCACAGAUCUUGAAGUCCUCAAAGGCCUCCCCCCAGAAGCCUGCUUCCGAGACCCCCAGUAAGGACGGUUCUCCCCAAGAGAGGAAGAAAGCAAUACCAAUCCCAGAAGAAGAUCCUGAAGAUAUUGAUAGCAUCCCGUUGCGGUCAGUGGCGGCGCCAAGAGCGAUUCCCUCGUGGAAAGUGGGUUUGGCCAACCGGGAAAAGCGGGCAGCCAAGGCGGCGGCAACAGACGGCGAGCAGCGCGUGAACGAGGCAAUUACUGCGUCGACGGUGCGGCUGGUCGAUCCUGAAGGGGGGAGCCACGAGGUUGUGUCAAUAGGAGAGGCCCUGAACCGAGCACGCAAAGCCGGGUUGGAUGUUGUUGAGGUGAAUGCCCGCUCGGACCCCCCCGUAUGCAAGCUCGUCGACUACAAAAAGUUCAAGUUCGAGGCCAAGAAGAAGGAGAAGGACCGAAAGAAGCAGGAGUUGGAACAACGGCGGGAGAAGAUAGUCAAGGAGAUCCGCCUCAGCUCCCGGACGGAUUAUCGCGACAUGGAAAUGAAGGCGCGCACAGCAAAAGAGCAUCUGGCCUUGGGUUACCAAGUUAGGUGCUUCUUGCAAUUCAAGAAAGGCGAUCGGAGGGCGGACAUAGGGCUGCAGCUGCUGCCAGAGAUGCUGAAACUGUUGGAAAGUCACGGCACUGUGAACAAGCCCCCGCGGGAGGCCGGCGGCCGGCUGGAGAUGUACCUGCGUCCGCUCAGCCUCGCUGAGCGGAAAAAGCUGCCGGAGUACCGGAAGGAAGCGGGGCCGGAACCCGCACCGGAGUCGUCGAAGAAGCGGAAAGCGAUGGUGCGAAGCGAGGAAGAAGGGCUGGAAGCAGAAGCGGAAGAGAGUGGAGAGACGGAGAAAGAUCUGGCGGCAGAGUCGAAGGAAGAGUGGGCCGAUGAAGGAGCUGAAGAGGAUGAAUCGGAGUCGGAGGAGGAAGAGCCUUCUGAAGAAGUUGAGGGGACGGGUGGGGAAGAGGAUGCGUUGGAAACACGGCUAGAGUCGGAAUUGGAGAAAACUGAGUUUGAGGAGUUUGACGAGGAACGAGGUCGCAACGAAGGGGACGAAGAAGAAGAGGAGGUGGUAAUGGCGAAUGAGGACGGGCGAACAGAUGAAGGAAUGGGCGUGCUAGAGACGAGUGACGGGGAAGCGGCGCAGGAGGAAAAAGUAGAGCAGGAAGACGAGUCUGCAUACGAAAUAGAGGAUGAGCUGGACGAGGCAGACCUCAUGGCCGAAUUCCUACGAGAGGACUUCAGGAAAUCAGACGCGGAAGAAGAGUCGAAGAGCGUUUUGUCACCCAAGCGGAAACGGUGGGCGGACCGGCUUCGGCGGCCGCUCCGGCCAAAGCCCAGCCGGAAGCGGAGACAAGCGGACUCGGAUUCAGACGAUGAGGAGGACGUCCGGGUGCGGCGCGCGUUGGAUUCGGACAACGAAGAAUAUGACGGGACAAAGCCCAGCCGGAAGCGGAGACAAGCGGACUCGGAUUCGGACGAUGACGAUGACGUCCCGGUGCGGCGCGCGUUCAAUCUGGACAAGGGAGAAUAUGAGUCGAGCGGAAGCGACAGCGACGGCGACAGCAACAAAGACAAAUCGCGGCAUAGACGGAGGAGGUGACGGGUGCGAGGGGCCGGAUUGUAAGAGUUGAGCCUUGUUGUCGAAGUUGUGUAUUGCUCUUCCAGCAACCGUCGGAGUCUGUUCCAUCUUCCUGCGCAAUCAAUUGGCAGUGCUUUCUGCUGGCAGCCGUGGAGGCGCCUAGUGCGGCAGGAGAUGAGACGGUGUCCGGUCAGGCCCGGCCAAGAGCCACCUUUCGUUGCUUUUUCCAAUUCGAUUGGUACUGCGGUCGGCAUGUAUGUUCAUAGAUGCCGGACUCCAGC